UUCCUGCGUUCGCAGGCGGCGGUGGCGGUGGCCGCUUGGCUUCUCAUUUGGGUAGAGACGGCGGCGGCGGCUUCCAGAGUCCCGCCGCGAAGAUGCUCAAAGUCACGGUGCCCUCCUGUUCUGCCUCGUCCUGCUCUUCAGGAGGGGCCGGGAGCCUCGUCCCGGAUUAUUGGAUCGACGGCUCCAACAGGGACGCUCUGAGCCAUUUCUUCGAGGUGGAGUCGGAGCUGGGACGGGGUGCUACAUCCAUUGUGUACAGAUGCAAACAGAAGGGGACCCAGAAGCCUUAUGCACUCAAAGUGUUAAAGAAAACAGUGGACAAAAAAAUCGUCAGAACUGAAAUAGGAGUUCUUCUUCGCCUCUCACAUCCAAACAUUAUAAAACUUAAAGAGAUAUUUGAAACUCCUACAGAAAUCAGUUUGGUCCUAGAACUUGUCACAGGAGGAGAACUUUUUGACAGGAUUGUGGAAAAGGGAUAUUAUAGUGAACGAGAUGCUGCAGAUGCUGUUAAACAAAUCCUGGAGGCAGUCGCUUACCUACAUGAAAAUGGAAUUGUCCAUCGUGAUCUUAAACCAGAGAAUCUUCUCUAUGCAACUCCAGCCCCAGAUGCACCACUCAAAAUUGCUGAUUUUGGACUCUCUAAAAUUGUGGAACAUCAAGUGCUCAUGAAGACAGUAUGUGGAACCCCAGGGUACUGUGCUCCUGAAAUUCUCAGAGGUUGUGCCUAUGGACCAGAGGUGGAUAUGUGGUCUGUAGGAAUAAUCACCUACAUCCUACUUUGUGGAUUUGAACCUUUUUAUGAUGAAAGAGGAGAUCAGUUCAUGUUCAGAAGAAUUCUCAAUUGCGAAUAUUACUUUAUCUCCCCCUGGUGGGAUGAAGUGUCUUUAAAUGCCAAGGACUUGGUCAGAAAAUUAAUUGUUUUGGAUCCUAAGAAACGGUUGACUACCUUUCAAGCUCUCCAGCACCCAUGGGUCACUGGCAAAGCAGCCAAUUUUGUACACAUGGAUACUGCGCAAAAGAAGCUCCAAGAAUUCAAUGCCCGGCGUAAGCUUAAGGCAGCAGUGAAGGCUGUGGUGGCCUCCUCUCGGUUGGGAAGUGCCAGCAGUCACAGCAACAUCCAGGAGAGCCAUAAGGCCAACCAAGAUCCCUCCUCAGUCCAAGAUGGCAACCAGGAUAUCAGAGCCAUUCCAGAAAGAGAAAAAGGUCCAGAAGACGAGGCACAAGUGGCAUUUGAGGCGGCAGAGGCUGAGCUGAUGAAGGAGCAGGACUUAGAGGAAGUUAAAGAUGCAGAUCUAAAUGCUGCCAAGAUGGUGCCAAAAGCCCUGAAUGAUGAGAUAAAGGUGGCCGAGACGGAAAUAGCAGAAGAUCUAAUAGAGGAGAAGCUGAAGACUGUGGAGGCAGCAGCGGUCCCUAAAGAAGGUCAAGAAAACCCUAAUCUGGAACUCGGAGUUCAGCAAUAUGAUGUGAACCUGCCAGAGGAUUAACAAGUCUUCCUUCAGAUCUGGAAGCCAAGCCUGGCAUUUCAUGAACUUUGUCCUUCAGCAAGGAAGAUGUGGAAGCAUGAUAUUCACUAUAGUGAUUCUGUUUUUGAGGUGCAAAAAACUACAUAUAUACCAGUUGGUAAUCCUAGCUUCAAUGCAUGUGACUGCUUUAUGAAAAUAAUAGUGUCUUCUAUGGCAUGUAAUGGAUAACUAAUACUGAUGAGUUAAAUUUGAAAUUGCAAGUAAACACAGCAUCACAUUUAAAUGCAGACAGUUUCAGAGACCUGUGGCAUACAUUUGAAGUAAAGAAUAACCAAGUGUUUCUUCUUUGAAAACCUAGCCAUUCUGUAUCCUUUGAUUUCUUCACAAGGCAGUAAUUCUUUUAGACUACAAGUCUGGUAUUACCUGGUAGUCCUAUAAGAUGUGUUCCUAUGAUAGUCACAACAUUUUACUUUUCAUCAUUAUUGUGUUCAAACUUUUUAUAAGGAUAUGGUUAUAGGUUAUAGUUGAAUGGUGCAGCAAAAACACAUUCCACUCAAGGGUAAGAAAUUGCAGCAUAUUUUCAAGGGUCAUGAAUCAUAUGGCUCUAAAA